GCUCCUGGUGAUCAUAUGGUUUAUAACGGCCCGCACCGGGCGCCCUACCUUAUGAAUGCCCCGCGUUACUCCACCCUUCGAGCUUCCGAAAAGUGAUCCGACUGCCCCGCGGUGAGUAGACAUUUUUGUCCUGUGACGUCUGUCUCGAGCUGUUUAUUUAUUUAUUCACUUAUUGUUUACAUUCGGAAGCUCUCUGCCACGACCUGCAUUCUUCGCCAUCUCUACACUGGGCUCAAGCCGGCACGACACUUGAACAAUAAGAAACAUGGCACCAAAGGCAAUCAUUGCGCCCUCCAUCCUGUCGGCGGACUUUGCGCAGCUCGGCGCAGAUUGCGCAAAGACGAUGGAACAAGGUGCCGACUGGCUCCAUGUUGAUAUCAUGGACGGCCACUUCGUACCCAACCUCACCUUCGGCCCCCCGGUCGUGGCCAAGGUCCGGAAGCACGUCGACCAGCCGAGCGGCAAAUUCGGCCGGGGCACCUUCGACUGCCACAUGAUGAUCGCCGAGCCCAAGAAGUGGGUCAAGGAAUUCAAGAGCGCUGGCUGCGACCUCUACUGCUUCCACUACGAGGCCGCCUUCUCGAGCGACGCCGAGAGCCCCGAGGGCCAGAGCGACAAGAAGACCAGCCCCAAGGAGCUCGUCAGGUACAUCCAUGACCAGGGCCUGUUGGCCGGCGUCGCGCUGAAGCCCGCGACUGGCGUGGAGGUGUUGACGGAGCUUCUGGAGAGCCCCGAUGAGAAGGAGAGACCAGAUAUGGUCCUCAUCAUGACGGUGGAACCCGGCUUCGGUGGACAGAAGUUCAUGGCGUCCGAGCUGCCCAAGGUUCAGGAGUUGAGGAAGAAAUACCCAGAGCUUAACAUUGAGGUUGACGGUGGAUUGGGACCGGGCACGAUCGACCAAGCAGCGGAUGCCGGAGCCAACGUCAUUGUGGCCGGCAGUGCAGUGUUUGGGGCGAAAGACCCGAGCGAAGUGAUUGCCCUGCUGCGGGAUACCGUUAACAAGAAGUCCGCACAGCUAUAAGUUCGAUCUAGUCAACCGAGCACUCUCUGCAAGCGACGCCACGCGGGGGUCCGGCCUUGGAAGAAUAGGGGUUGGUUGUCGUACAUAGAGGGGGAAAUGAGUAACAUUCUACACAUCUGAUAAAGCAAACUCCUACGUAAUAUAAGCACCGUCGAUGGUCUGUCAAGUGAUCAGUGACUUGUGCCAAACAUUCCUCGGCAAAGGCACUGGCUUCGAUAUACUGUACAUGCAAUUGGUUGACGAUUCGGCUUGUUGUGUGAACGCAGAUGUUCAGAGAGGGUACAAGAGGUAAAGACUGUCGUCUUUCUUGCGAAUCCGUUCGCAAAAGGCGUUUAUCUGCCGACCUGACCUUUCACAUCGAAUCUGACACAGAAAAUGAGUUGGGAAUAUGUACC